CAAGCAUGGGUCGACGUCCGGCUAGAUGUUACAGGUACUGUAAGAACAAGCCCUACCCCAAAUCCAGGUUCUGUCGUGGUGUACCUGACCCAAAGAUCAGGAUCUAUGAUCUUGGACGUAAGAGGGCUCAUGUCGACGAUUUCCCUGCCUGUGUCCAUCUUGUCUCAGAUGAGAAAGAACAGCUGAGCUCCGAAGCUCUCGAAGCUGCCCGUAUCUGUGCCAACAAGUACAUGGUCAAGUUCUGCGGUAAAGACUCCUUCCAUAUCCGAGUCAGAGUACAUCCUUUCCACGUUCUUCGAAUCAACAAAAUGUUGUCGUGUGCAGGCGCUGAUCGUCUGCAGACCGGAAUGAGAGGUGCGUUCGGAAAACCCCAGGGUACAGUUGCCAGAGUAAACAUCGGGGAGUCUCUCCUGUCUAUCCGAUGCAAGGAAACACAUGAGGCUUCAGCUACUGAGGCUCUCAGGAGAGCAAAGAUGAAGUUCCCUGGAAGGCAGAAGAUUUAUCCCAGCCGAAACUGGGGAUUCACCAAAUUCCCAAGGGCAAUUUACGAAGAAUGGAGGAGUUGCAAAAGGCUCAUUCCAUCCGGUGCUCACGCCAAGUAUAUUUCCGAUCACGGACCCCUGUCUGCUUGGAAGAAAAUCCAUGCCGAUGAUUAAUAUCACUUUUAGGUGUUUUUAAUUUAUGAAAAAAUUCGUUUUCUUGUGUAACAAUUCGUCUUAUUGCAAAUUCAAAUUAUCAUGACUAAAUUGGAAUCUGAAAAAUUCAGGACUUCUUAAAUUUCUUAAUCAAAAUUUUCACUGCCAAAUUGAAAUUUAAAAAAUCGUUAACUCUUAAUUCUGAAUUUGGUUAUAUAAGUAACAUUUGUACAGCGACUGAACGCUAAAGCUGACCCAUCGUCACGCAGAAUUUCAAUAUGUCCCAAAUAAAGACAACUUGCACGAACCUGACUGCUCUUCUCCACCAAAUACGUGAACACAAGGAAGCUAACGAAGGGGUUGUAGAAGAUGAUCUAGUUGCUGACGCUAUGUUGUUGUUUGCUCAACUCUCUGGUCAACACAGCAAACUGAUGCGGGAGGCUGAGAAUGAGUAUGAGAAGAUCUACGAGUUGCGUGAGGAAUGUGAGGAAAAGCAGGAAGUGCUGGAGGAGCAGAUGUCCUACAUGGUGUACAUGGACACGGAGUACGACGUGAGACCCUGGAAACCUGCUGAUGGGGUAGUUCAAGUCAGGGAGUCGGACAGUCACAAGACCAUAAAAACUAAACUUGAUACUGAGCUGGUCGGAAGACGCAAGAUGUGUGAAUACGCCAAUGCUCUUGAAGACGAGGUAUCAUCAUUGCGCAAGUCGGAACAGGAAAUGCGGUCUGAGCUGGAGCGAGUACGCAAGGUCAUGUCCUCCAUCAGCACUCCAUCUUUCCUGGAGGGAGUGAGUGCUUGUCAGACCAUCCCUGCAACCUCUCUCUCAGGACCUCUCUACACACUUCAACAAAUGUUAUCUGCUACUGUUAGAGAGUUUACUGAUGUAACAGUAACAGUGACCAGAGAUGACCCCCUACUCAACAGCCAGACCCACUACACAGGCAGACAAUCCCUCCCAGACGAUACCUGGAACCUUCUCUCCCCUGACCCUCAACUGUUAGUCCUGUGUGUGAGGAACACUGAUCACGUGGUAUUACGGUACCAUCCUAACAUCAACGUGGUGUCGUGUGAUGAUAGCUUUGGUGGAAAUGUGUUGGGGAGUCUAUGUGAGGGAGAUGAUGGAAGAAAGGAACCUCACACUGCUCUCAGCUUUACUUUCACGGAGCCAACGUUCAGCGAGUUGAUCUCAAAUAAGAACGUAGGUCGAGUGUACUGCUGGUUGCAUGAGAUGUGUGGGAUCACUGUUCUUACACAGUACCAAAGAGCCCCUGUUAACAUCACUGCUGUCAAAUUUAUAGAGCAUAUCCUUGGACGAAGUUGAGUGUCUUAUGGACAUGCAAAUGAGAUCAAAUAUUAUCAGAACGUAUUUUUGUUUAAUGGCGUUACUACAAUUGAUGACUUGACACGACACGAUUUUCCACUUUCUAUCGGCAUAAUUGUCAAAUUGAGCACAAUUGAUAUACAAUAAAAAUGAUCCAGAUGUAAUUUUAUUUUUGUUGGUUUGUGAUAUAAUGUUAUUACUUAGAUGACAAAGGAUUUGUAAUUUAUAUUUGAAUAUCUUUUUUUGAAUUUAUUAAAUAGUUGUAUUUAAACCAAAUACAUAAUAACCAUUUAAAUAUU